UCCAUAGCUAAAGCUGCUUAUUGAUCAAUAUGGCUAAGAAUUUCAACUUUGUGGCCUGCUCUCUUCUUCUUGCUUUGUUUUCUCUCUUUCUUCUUGCUCCUCCCUCCCCAUGCCACGCUCACAUUCUCAAAUUUUGUAAGUUCAACGCCAUAUAUCAACUCGGGGACUCGAUUUCUGACACGGGCAAUCUGAUUCGGGAGAGCCCUCAAUCUCCGUUUGCUCGGCUUCCCUAUGGAGAAACCAUCUUCAACAAGGCAACCGGGAGAUGCUCAAACGGGUUACUAAUGAUUGAUUAUAUUGCUCUAUCGGCUGGUGUCCCCUUGCUUGAUGCCUACUUGAAUCUAAACGCAACACACAGCCAUGGCCAUGGAGUGAAUUUUGCGGUUGCUGGUUCAACUGCUUUGCCUGUGAAUGUUUUAUUAGAGAAAAGGAUUUUAGCCCCCGUGACCAACUCUUCUCUCAACACACAGCUUGACUGGAUGUUCACCUAUUUCAAUGAAACCUGCCCCAAACUCUAUGAAGGCUACUGUUAUGAGAAACUUAAAAGGUCUCUCUUUAUGGUUGGGGAGAUUGGAGGAAACGAUUACAAUUAUGCAUUGUUUCAAGGCAAAACCCUCGAGGAGGUCAAGGCCAUGGUGCCCGAUGUUGUCCAAGCCAUUAAAGAUGCUGCUACUAGAGUAAUCGAGAAUGGGGCUCGUAGAGUUAUUAUUCCGGGAAACUUUCCCAUUGGCUGCUUCCCAAUCUAUCUAACUGGAUUCCAAACCAAUGAUUCUACUGCUUAUGAUGAGCUUCAUUGCCUAAAGGGGUUAAACAACUUUUCAAUGUACCACAAUGAGUGCCUUCAACAAGCCAUUCAAGAACUCAAACUACAAUACCCUAAUGUCGCUAUUGUAUAUGGCGAUUAUUACAACGCAUUCUUGUGGCUUCUGCGCCAUGCUUGUUUGCUUCGUUUUGAUGUUAAAUCAGUGCAAAAAGCUUGUUGCGGAGUUGGAGGUGAAUAUGAUUUUAGUCUAACAAGAAUGUGUGGAGCUCCUAACGUUCCAGUUUGUGGAAAUCCCCAUGAAAGAAUCAGUUGGGAUGGCGUUCAUUUGACACAGAAGGCUUAUAAGAUCAUGGCAUCAUGGCUCAUUCGUCACAUCUUUCCAAAGCUUCAAUGUUUUCACCACUGGUUUUAGUUUUGCAGGCUAACCAUUUAAUUUUCUUCAUUAGAGGAAUACUUUAUUA